AUGGACAGGCCCCUCCUGCGGGGGCUCCCUGUGCUGCUCUGCUGCUUCAGAGACACCGUCCAGUGCAAGAUGUGCCACGUCAAGUUUCCAGGGCAGAGAUGCUACAGAGGCAGGGGGAUCUGUCAUGCCACACCGGAGGAGGCUUGCACGGUUGGGAGGAUUUAUAAAAGUGACGGAACUCUGUGGUUGGUCUUCUCCGGCUGCCUGAAGAACUGUGCGAACGUGAACAACAUCAGAUGGAGCGUCUACCGGGUAGACUUCCGGUGCUGCAGGAGCACUGACUUUUGUAAUGAACUCAUCUAG